AUGUCUUCCUACGACAAGUCCCGAGCCUCCUCCGGGAAGGCUUCGUCAUUCUUCCACCGAUCCAGGAACAAGGCCGAGAAACGGACCACGCCCGACGAAGGCCGCCAUCUCUCCGCCGACACCGACACGGGUUCUGUGAAUUCGCGCCAUUCGCGCCACCAACGAGACUCUUCUGUUAUAUCAUUAGACCUCCCUGUCGACUACCUUCACAAAUCCGACCAGAUGCCACCCCGACGAGAACCGUUACCACACCAGUUAAACAAGGCGACCAGCGAUUUCCACCAGUAUCCUACUUUCGACCCAUCGGCCGUGCGCCCCACGAGCCCCUACCCCUCGAGCCCCUACCCCUCCGGGCCACGCCCCGCGCCCGGCACAUCCAACAUCACAAUGGCUUCGACCGGCCGCCAGGCUCAAUACCAGCAAUGGGGGCCAGCGAGAGAGAGCAACGUGUCCGGGUCCCAUAAUUCCCGGUACAACUCGUACACGUCCGGCGGUCGCAGUUCAGCCGACACCUCAAGCAUCAUGUCAGCACUGCCUAGUAUCUCGUCUCAAUCUUCCUACUUGUCCCCCCAUUCGCCCAGGGACAACCGCCUGACCAAGUUUCCCACUGGGACUCAGACAAGCGAGGGGUUUUACUUCCCGAAACCAGAUGACGAUAACGUCAUCGAGCAGAUGUUCGUGGCGCUCAUGCAAAAGCGCGGAUGGCACAACCUUCCGGACCAAGCCAAGCGCCAGAUGAUCGCCUACCCGCCAACCAAGAAAUGGACUCUCAUCUAUCAGGACCGCCUCACCGAAUGGCAGGGUGAACAGAAGCGCAGGCAGACCGCUAAGAUUGGCCAGUACAGCAAUGUCGACCUCACCCAGAUGCCCGACGAGGAGGGCAGCCCGGAGUGGUAUGUGCGCAAGGUCAUGGAAAACUCGCUCGACAGCAAGGGUUUCGGCAGCUUGGAGGUCAACCUACGCACCCAGCAGAUCGGCUGGGUCAGACGCUUCAUCGAGUGCCAGGGCCAAGUGGCUUUGACCAAUGUCCUCUUCAAAAUCAACCGCAAAACCGCCAUGGGACCGACCCUGGAUUCCGCGACGGGCGACAAGAACCUGGACCGGGAGUACGAUAUCGCCAAGUGCCUAAAGGCUUUGAUGAACAACAAAUUCGGCGCCGACGAUGCCCUCGCUCAUCAACCGGUCCUCGUGGCCUUGGCCACCUCCCUUAUCUCACCCCGGCUCACGACGAGGAAGCUUGUGAGCGAAGUGUUGACCUUCCUGUGCCACUGGUCCGAAAGCAAGGGACACUUAAAGGUCAUCGAGGCCAUGGACGUAGCCAAGAACCAACAGGGCGAGAACGGCCGCUUCGAUGCUUGGAUGCGUCUCGUCGAGGUCACCAUCGAUGGUCGGGGCAAGAUGGGCAGUCUCGUGGGCGCAAGCGAGGAGGUGCGCAGCGGAGGUAUCGGCAUGGAGAACCUGCUGAUGGAAUACGUCGUGGCCACCCUCAUAUUGAUCAACAUGAUGAUCGAUGCCGCUGAGAAGGACCUACAGAUGCGCGUCCACAUCAGGGCGCAGUUUACGGCUUGUGGCAUCAAGCGCAUGUUGAACAAGAUGGAGGCUUUCCAGUAUGAGCUGAUCGACAAGCAAAUCGAGCGGUUCCGGCUCAACGAGGCCAUCGAUUACGAGGACAUGCUCGAGAAGGAGAACAGCAGCAUCAAGGACAAUGUGGAAGGAGAGGUUAGAGACCUCAACGACCCGGUCCAGAUUGUAGAUGCGAUCCAGCAGCGGUUGCAAGGAACCAAAACUCAAGACUACUUCAUCUCAGCUUUACAGCAUCUCCUUCUGAUCCGAGAAAAUGACAGCGAGGAACGUCUCCGCAUGUUCCAGCUCGUCGAUUCGAUGCUGAGCUACGUGGCCAUGGACCGGCGUCUGCCGGACAUGGACCUGAAGCAAAGUCUCAAUUUCACGGUCCAGAGCCUACUCGACAAGCUGCACACGGACUCGGAAGCCCGCCAGGCCUUCGAUGAGGCCACCGAAACGCGGCAGUUUGCCGAGGCGGCGAUGGCAGAAAGAGACGAGCUGAGGGAAAAACUAGCAAUGGGCGCUGAUGGGCUGGUUGCUAAACUCCAGAAGCAGAUUGAUGAACAGGCGAGGUUCAUUGACGCGCAGAGGAGACAAACGGAAGGGCUAAAGUCGGAGCUGGAGAACCUCCAAACCCUCAGGGCGAAGGAAGCACAACGCUAUGAGCUCGAAACGCGAGAGCUGUAUCUUAUGCUCCGCGACGCUCAGGACGUUGCGGCUUCCAACGCUGCUAAGGGGGUCAAGGUGGGCGACGAGGACCCGGCUCGUAUGCAAGGCAUCCUGGACCGUGAGAGGCUCAUGGAGCGCCUGCAAAUGCAGCUCGAACGCCAAAAGACGGUCUACAAGCUGGAGGGCAAGGUCUGGGGCGAGACCGUCGGCCCCUCGGACAAGCUACGAGCACUCCGUGAGGAGAUGGAUGGCUACGGGGAACCAGGGGCUGGUGGCCCGCCCCGGGAUUUCACCAACAGCAUGCUUGGGAGCGUCAAAAGAUCGACUCGCAUUCCAAGAAAACCCGUCGGUUCUCGCGGGGAACCGAUCGAGGGUGUUUUGGAAGAGAUCGAGGACGUCGCCGAGGACGAGGAGGGUGUCGUUUACGAAAAGCCACGGGUGGUCGAGUUCAAGCGGCCUGUCAUGGAUCCAAAGAAGGCUGCCGGCAUGUUCAGCGAGCUUCAGGGUAAGGUCAAGAGAAUCGACGGCAGCGAUUCAGAGGACGGGGAUGGCGUUACAACUGGCCCAUCCCACCCGAGCUUGGAAUCCCAAUCUCCUCUCACUCCCAGUGACAACGAGCCUCCGAAGAUCGAGAUCACCGAUACCACCCCGACAGCACCCGGUCCGUCAACUUUCGGGGGCCCUCCACCGCCGCCGCCGCCGCCUCCCCCUCCCCCUGGUUUGUUGGCCGGUGCGCUCUUUCUAUACCGGAAACAAUCUCUAUCCCAACAACCAUUUGGGGCUAAGCUCAAGGCUCUGCAUUGGGAGAAGGUCGACUCGCCACUCACCACUCAUUGGGCCGCCCACACGCCUUCGGCAGAAGAGAGGGAAGAGAAAUACCUCGAGCUCAGUCGGAAGGGUAUUCUCGACGAGGUCGAGAAACUUUUCAUGGCAAAAGAGAUCAAGCAGAUCGGCCAAGGGACUUCAAAGAAGGACGACAAGAAGCAGAUUAUCUCGAACGAUCUGCGGAAAUCCUACGAAAUUGCCCUGGCCAAGUUCUCGCAGUUCUCUGUUGAGAAGGUGGUGCAAAUGAUCAUCCAUUGUGACAACGACGUGCUCGAUAACGUUGUGGUGAUGGACUUCCUGCAAAAAGAUGAUCUCUGCAAUAUCCCGGAUAAUAUAUCCAAGCAGCUAGCGCCAUACAGCAAGGACUGGACAGGCCCAGAAGCAAACAAAGAGAACAGAGAGCUUGACCCGACCGAGCUUACCAGGCAAGAUCAGAUCUACCUACAAACGGCGUUUGAGCUGCAUCACUAUUGGAAGAGCAGAAUGCGGGCUCUUGCACUGACACGCAGCUUCGAAUCCGAGUACGACGAACUCACUGAAAAGAUGCGCCAUGUUGUGAACGUAUCCGAGUCGCUUCGAGACUCGGUAUCUUUGAUGAACGUGCUCGGCCUCAUUUUGGAUAUCGGUAACUACAUGAACGACGCGAACAAGCAGGCCCGCGGUUUCAAGCUAUCCUCACUAGCCAGAUUAGCCAUGGUCAAGGACGACAAGAACCAAUCGACGUUGGCCGAUCUUGUCGAACGAAUUGUCCGUAACCAGUACCCGGAGUGGGAGAACUUUACCGACGACAUCUCGGGGGUCAUGACGGCGCAGAAAAUCAACAUAGAGCAAGUCCAGUCUGACGCCAAACGAUACAUUGACAACAUCACCAAUGUACAGAAGGCGCUCGACUCCGGCAGCUUAUCGGACGCGAAGAAGUUCCACCCGCAGGACCGCGUGGCCCAGGUUGUUGGGCGCGUCAUGAAGGACGCGCGGCGCAAGGCCGAGCAGAUGCAGGGCCAUGCCGCUCGGGCGCGGGACCGCGGCGACGACCCCCGCCCGACGCGGAGAAGCGCGAGAACCCUGCGCCGGUCGCGCCGGCAGACGGCGGACGAGGAGCGCAAGAUGCGGAGGCGGCGGCGCGAGCUGGCGCAGUCGAGCGCGAGUAACGGGGAUGGUGCGAGCUUGAGCCGCGAGGGCUCGGUGGUGGAUGGCCAUGGUGGCAGGGGCGAUGAGGAGGUGCCUCCGACACCCGGGCUGGAUGAGAUGGCGGCGGCUGUGGCGGCGGCUGGGGUCGAUGGGCCGGAGCAAACGGUCAAUGAGGGGUGA